UAUUUCCAUUAAAAAUAUAAAUAAAAUCGCUGUAAAAUGGGCUCGAGAAGAGCACCGGACGUGCAUAUGUUUCCCUCGGACCUGGAGUUCGCCGUGUUCUCACCCGAGGAGAUACGCAAACUGAGUGUGGUGAAAAUAAUAACCGGCCUCACAUUCGAUGCCUUGGGACACCCAAUUCCCGGUGGUUUAUAUGACAUACGCCUGGGCUCCUAUGGCCGCUGCAUGGAUCCAUGCGGCACAUGCUUGAGGAUGCAAGAUUGUCCCGGUCACAUGGGUCGCAUUGAGCUGGGCUCACUUGUAUACAAUCCAUUCUUCAUCAAAAUGGUGCAGCGUUUACUCUGCAUCUUCUGUCUGCACUGCUUCAAGCUGCAGAUGAAGGAUCAUGAGAGCGAGAUUAUCAUGCUGCAGCUGCGACUGAUUGAUGCUGGUUAUAUUAUUGAGGCGCAGGAGUUGGAGCUGUUUAAAUCGGAGAUCGCCUGCCAGAACACCGAGGAGCUCGUGAAGCUGGACAACGGCGAUUCUGUGCAUCCACGCAUUGCAGCAAUCAGCGAAUUGCUUGCAAAGAAUGAGAACAAUGCCACCAAUAUGACCAAGACAAGCUGUUCUCUACGCACAGCCAUCACGCAUGCUGCACUGCAGCGUGCCUCCAGCAAGAAAUGUCGGCACUGCAAUAAGUCUAUGCGCUUUGUGCGAUACUUGCAUCGUCGUCUCGUCUACUAUGUGACCAUAGCCGAUAUGAAAGAGAGGCUGGGCGAUGUGCCCGAUAAUACUGGCCAGAACAAGGUGAUAUUCGCCGAUGAGGCGCAACGCUAUCUGCGCAAAAUUUAUGAGCACUAUCCACAGCUGCUGAAACUAUUGGUGCCCGUGCUCAGCCUGAACAGCGAUGCCAGCGGCAGCAACAGCAACAGCGACUACUCGCCCGUGGAUAUAUUCUUUAUGGACACAAUACCAGUGACACCGCCGCGUGCGCGUCCAAUGAACGUCAUUAACGACAUGAUGAAGGGGAAUCCGCAGACAGAUAUCUAUGUGAACAUCAUUGAGAAUAACAAUGUACUCAAUGUGGUACUGAAGUUCAUGAAGGGUCAGCAGGAAAAUCUAAGUGAGCAGGCCAGGGCUGCCUACCAAAAUAUGCGUGGCAGCAACAGCCACGAGAAGCUCUAUAAUGCCUGGCUGUCGCUGCAGAGUUCCGUGGAUGUGCUGCUCGACGUGAACAUGUCGCGCGACAUCAAAUCCGCAGAGGGCCUCAAGCAGGUGCUCGAGAAGAAAGACGGUCUCAUCCGCAAGCAUAUGAUGGGCAAACGUGUGAAUUACGCGGCGCGCACAGUCAUCACACCCGAUCCCAAUAUCGACGUGGAUGAGAUUGGAAUACCCGAUAUAUUUGCCCGAAAAUUAUCGUAUCCGGUGCCUGUAACCGAAUGGAAUGUCGUCGAGUUGCGCAAAAUGGUCAUGAAUGGACCGGAUGUGCAUCCUGGUGCCAAUUACAUACAGGACAGCAAGGGAUCGACCACAUUUAUACCCGCGGACAAUGUGGCCAAGCGAGCCAGCAUGGCCAAACUGUUACUAUCAAAUCCCAAGGACGGUGUCAAGAUCGUACAUCGUCAUGUCCUGAAUGGCGAUGUCCUGCUGCUUAACCGUCAGCCGUCGCUGCAUAAGCCCUCUAUUAUGGCGCACAAGGCGCGCAUUUUGCACGGCGAGAAAACCUUUCGGCUGCACUAUUCCAAUUGCAAGGCUUAUAACGCCGAUUUUGACGGUGACGAAAUGAACGCGCAUUAUCCGCAAAGCGAGGUGGCACGUGCCGAGGCCUACAAUCUGGUCAAUGUAGCCAGUAACUAUUUGGUGCCCAAGGACGGCACUCCGCUGGGUGGGCUUAUCCAGGAUCAAGUUAUUUCGGGUGUCAAGCUCUCCAUACGUGGUCGCUUCUUCAGUCGCGAGGACUACCAACAGUUGGUCUUCCAGGGUCUGUCGCAUCUCAAAGGCGAUGUCAAAUUACUGCCACCGUCAAUUAUAAAACCAGUCACGUUGUGGUCGGGAAAGCAGGUGCUCUCCACCAUAAUCAUUAAUUUGAUACCAGAGGGCUACGAGCGCAUCAAUUUGGAUUCCUUUGCCAAAAUUGGCGGCAAGAACUGGAAUGUGGCCAAGUCACGCACUCCGCUGUGCGGCACGUCGCCGCUGGAACAGGAAUUGAGCGAGAGUCAGGUGCAGAUACGUAAGGGUGAGCUGCUGGUGGGCGUGCUGGAUAAGCAACAGUAUGGCGCCACCACAUUUGGUCUGAUCCAUUGCAUGUAUGAGUUGUAUGGCGGCGAUGUGUCCACUCGCCUGCUGACCGCCUUCACCAAGGUUUUCACAUUCUUCCUGCAACUCGAAGGCUUUACGCUGGGCGUCCAGGAUAUUUUGGUCAGUGAUGUGGCGGAUCGCAAGCGCCGCAAUAUCAUUGAUGAAUGUCGCGAUGCGGGCAACAGUGCUGUUGCCGCUGCCCUCGAAUUGGACGAUGUGCCGCCGCACGAUGUGUUGGCCGAGCAAAUGGAGGCUGCCUACGUCAAGGAUUCAAAGUUUCGUGUUUUGCUCGAUCGCAAAUACAAAUCGCUGCUCGACGGCUACACAAAUGACAUUAACAAAACGUGCUUGCCAGGCGGUCUGAUCAGCAAGUUCCCAUCGAAUAAUCUGCAACUGAUGGUGCUAUCUGGCGCUAAAGGUUCCAUGGUUAACACCAUGCAAAUCUCCUGUCUGCUCGGCCAAAUUGAGCUAGAAGGAAAGCGACCGCCGUUGAUGAUAUCGGGAAAAUCUCUUCCCAGCUUUACCUCUUUUGAGACAUCGCCCAAGUCGGGCGGUUUUAUUGAUGGACGUUUCAUGACGGGCAUACAGCCGCAGGAUUUCUUCUUCCAUUGCAUGGCUGGCCGUGAAGGUCUCAUCGAUACAGCUGUAAAGACAUCCCGAUCCGGUUAUCUGCAGCGAUGUUUGAUCAAGCACUUGGAGGGAUUGAGUGUGCACUACGAUCUGACUGUGCGCGACAGUGACAACAGCGUGGUGCAAUUUCUCUACGGCGAGGAUGGCCUGGACAUACUCAAGUCCAAGUUCUUUAAUGGCAAAUUCUGCGCUGAUUUUCUUGCACAAAAUGUAAAAGCUGUUUUGCGCCCCAGCCAGCUGCAGCUAAUGAAGGACGAGGAGUGCCUGGCAAAGGUGAAACGACACGAGAAACACAUACGCAGCUGGCAGAAGAAACAGCCCAACAAAUUACGUGCCGCUUUUACCCACUUCUCGGAGGAGCUACGUAACGAAGUGGAGGUCAAGCGACCCAAUGAAGUUAAUGCCAAGACGGGUCGCCGACGCUUCGACGAGGGUCUAAUUAAGCUGUGGAAAAAGGCUGAUGCCGAGGACAAGGCACUGUAUCGCAAGAAAUAUGCACGCUGUCCCGAUCCCACCGUGGCCGUAUACAAGCAGGAUAAUUACUAUGGAGCCGUUUCGGAGCGCACACGCCAACUGAUAGAUGAAUAUGCGUUGAAGAAUCCGUCGCAGAAGAAAAUCAUCGCUGACAUUAUGCACAUGAAGAGCAUCAAGGCACUCGCCUCGCCGGGCGAACCGGUGGGUCUUAUUGCAGCCCAGUCGAUUGGUGAACCAUCCACCCAGAUGACACUGAACACCUUCCAUUUUGCGGGUCGUGGUGAAAUGAACGUCACCCUGGGUAUACCACGUCUGCGUGAAAUUCUCAUGCUGGCCUCGUCGAACAUCAAGACGCCAUCGAUGGAUAUACCCAUCAAACCGGGACAGCAGCACAACGCAGAAAAGUUGCGCAUUUCCCUCAAUUGUGUAACACUCGCCAGCCUGCUGGAAUCCGUGCACAUCAGCACCAGUUUAACAUUGGAGCCGGAACGCGCCUAUGUGUAUGACUUGAUGUUCAAGUUCCUGCCGCGUGAGAUAUACAAGGAGGAUUAUAGUGUGCGACCAAAGCGCAUUAUCAAAUACAUGCAUCAGACGUUCUUCAAGCAGCUCAUACGCGCUAUUGUCAAGGUGUCCAGUGCCAAGAAGACUUCCAAAAUCAUUGUGGUCGAUGACAAAAAGGAGGGCGGCAACAAGCAGGACGAGGACAAUGAUCAGGAGAUAGAUGCUGCUGAUGACAUGGCCACACAAAGAGUAGCAGAAAAUGAAGACGACUCGUCAGAUGAGGGCGGUGACGAUGACGCUACUGGCAUUAAGCUGAAGCAACGCAAAACCGAUGAGAAUGACUAUGACGAUCCCGAAGAUGUUGAGGAAAUUAUAGAUGCUAAUGACGACGAGGAUGAGAAUGAAGAAGAGGACGCCGAUGGCAAUGAACAGGCGAACGAAGACAAUGCCGAGGUGGACGAUAAGUCUGUGGAAAAGCUGCUCAGCAAUCAAAUGGUUAACGAUUAUACCUAUGACAAGGAGCAUCAUCUGUGGUGCCGAGUAACACUCAAUCUGAGUGUGCGCUACCAGAAACCCGAUCUUACAUCCAUCAUACGCGAACUGGCCGCCAAGAGCAUUGUGCAUCAGGUGCCUCAUAUCAAACGCGCCAUCAUCUACAAGGGCAACGGUGACGAGCAGCUGCUGAAAACGGAUGGCAUCAAUAUUGGUGAAAUGUUCCAGCACAACAAGAUCCUGGAUCUGAAUCGAUUGUACUCCAACGAUAUACAUGCGAUAGCACGCACCUACGGCAUCGAGGCUGCCGCCCAGGUGAUUGUCAAGGAAGUGAGCAAUGUCUUCAAGGUCUAUGGCAUUACCGUGGACCGACGCCACUUGUCUCUGAUCGCCGACUACAUGACCUUUGAUGGCACCUUCCAGCCACUGUCGCGCAAGGGCAUGGAGCAUUCCUCUUCGCCACUGCAGCAAAUGUCCUUUGAGUCCAGUUUGCAGUUUUUGCGCAACGCAGCCGGUUUUGGACGUCCCGAUCAGCUUAAUUCGCCAUCGAGUCGGCUGAUGGUUGGCCUCCCGGUGCGCAAUGGCACUGGUGCAUUUGAAUUGUUAACCAAAAUGUGUUAGUUACCCAUUAAACUCAAUUUGUUUUACCAAUAAAUAACUGAUUUGCACAGUUGCAAACACCUUAAAAGUA